AUGGCUGCUCUUCGAUUCUCUGCCCUACUGUUCUUCAUUGCUUUUGUAGCAACAACCAGUUUGAUACCAACUUCUGCAAAACUAACCGCGAACUUUUACAACAAAGUGUGUCCUCAAGCACUUCCGACCAUCAGAAGAGUUGUUAAGCAGGCCAUUCAUCGUGAGCCUCGCAUCGGAGCGUCUCUACUACGUUUGCAUUUCCAUGAUUGCUUUGUAAAUGGCUGCGAUGGAUCAAUUCUACUUGACGACGCUGCCAAGUUCACAGGGGAGAAGACAGCUCUCCCAAAUGCGAAUUCAGUCAGGGGAUUCAAUGUGAUCGAUGAUAUUAAAAAGGCGGUGAACAAAGCUUGCAAGAGAAAUGUGGUCUCAUGUGCCGAUAUAUUAGCUGUUGCUGCUCGUGAUUCUGUAAACAUUCUACAAGGCCCUCAAUACAAAGUACUAUUAGGUAGAAGGGAUGCAAGAAAUGCAAGCCUAAACGAUGCCAACAGAAACCUUCCUCCCCCAUUUUUCAGCUUCGCACAGCUUCUCUCCAACUUCCAAUCUCAUGGUCUUAACCUCAAGGACUUGGUUGUCCUCUCAGCUGCUCACACCAUUGGACAAGCUCGGUGCACCACCUUCAAACAAAGGAUCUACAAUGACACCAACAUAGACCCCAAGUUUGCGGCCUUUGCUAAAAAGAAUUGCCCAUCAAGUGGUGGAGAUGACAAGAUAGAGCCACUCGAUGCAACUCCGAGGAGAUUCGAUACUGUGUACUUCAAAUCUUUGUUGAAAAACAAGGGUCUCCUUCAUUCUGAUCAAGAGCUGUUUAAGGGAAAUGGCAGUGCAAGUGAUAAGCUGGUGCAUCAUUACAGUAGUCACUCGUCUGCUUUCGGGAAAGACUUUUCGAAAUCGAUGAUCAAGAUGGGAAACAUGAAGCCUCUUACUGGGACUGCUGGGGAAGUAAGACUCAAUUGCAGGAAAAUCAAUAAUCAAUAA